GCCGGCUUCGGGACUCAAGCGAACGCGCUGUUGCGAAAAUCCGCGGUCUACCAAAAGCGCAAUGUGUGCACCAACAUCUGCCUGAUAUCCUCACCCAUCUUCUUCUGCAUUAUCUUGCUGAUUAUAAAAAUUUUGGUCGACCGAUUGCUCCUCAUGCAACCUGACCUCAAGCUUCCAAAACCACGGUAUCGCGCGGCGCCGAACAAGCCCGCCCUGACGACGCUCAUCACCGCCCCUGAGCCGCCGUCCUUCACCGCAUCUCAGCUGGGUCCGUACAUGUACUCCGCGCUGCCCUCCCUGGACAGCACGGCCCUGUUCUCUCUCCUAUCAGAGCUCGUCUUCAACAACAGCGCCGUGAAUGCCCACCUCCUUGCCAAGUACGGCCUCACGUUUGGCACCUCCGUGGAUCCCGUUGCCUCGUUAUAUAUGGACACAGCCUUCCUGGGGAACACCCUCUACCUGCUGAUUCCGUACUCGACCAGCUUCAACUGCUCCUCCCUGUCCUCAGUGCUUGCUGCGACACUGCGAUCCCCUCUUGCGUUGAACCUCCUCAACACACCUGUGUCCUGUCUGAACGUCAUCGUGUCAGAUCAGCCAAGCGUCUCUGCGAUGGACAGAACAGUGUAUUGUGGCUUUUGGCAGGCUGGCUGUAACGGUACCUCUGUCACCAACGAGUAUCCCGUGUCUUACGAGUUCUACAACGCAACAAGCACUUCCGUGUCGUUCGGCCUGUAUUACAACGGCACUGGGACCGACCAAAACGGCAGGCCGCCGGAGUACCUGCGCCUUGCCUCGGAGCUGUCGGGGGCUAUGUUGAAAAACGCCCUGGGCGGCAACACGACGCUGGCGAACGCCGCGCGGCUGCUGGGCAACAUGGCGAUGCCGAAACAAUCUUCCAAGCUUCAGCUGGAUCUGUCCUCUCUUCUUGGGCCUCUUUUUUACACAUGGGUCGUACAGAUGCUGCUGCCUACCUUUCUGCAGCUGCUGGUGUACGAGAAGGAGAAACGGCUGCGCAUGAUGAUGAAGAUGCACGGCCUGGGUGAUGGCGCGUACUGGCUGGUGACGUACCUGUGGUACCUGAUGUUGUACAUUGUUUACAUGAUCAUCUUCAUCGUUUUCGGAGCAGGGGUCGGUCUUGAGGUCUUCCGUCGGAGCAACAUGGGUGUGCAGAUCAUUUUUUACUUUUUGUUCGGCAACAACAUGAUCGCCAUGGCCUUCAUGCUGUCCUCGCUGUUCUCCUCCUAUCGUACGUCUACGGUGGUGGCCUUCCUGUACGUCUUCGCCACCGGACUCCUUGGGGAGCUGCUUUUUAAGACCUUCAUGGAGGACAACGAGAGCUGGAUGUUCUUUGUGGAGUGGGUUCCCGCAUUCGCGCUCUAUCGGGGCCUGUGGGAGAUGUCGCAGUAUGCCUUCCUGGGCGUGUACCAGGGCUCCCGCGGUCUGGACUUUGCCCGUCUGAGUGACGAGGGCUGCGGCAUGCGGGCCACCUGGGGCAUCUUCGUGGUGGAGUGGGCCAUCUUCAUGGUGCUGGGCUGGUACCUGGAGCAGGUGCUCUCCAGCGGCACCGGCAUCCGCCGCCACCCCCUGUACUUCCUAAAGUGCUGCAUGCCGCGGAGGAAGGCCCAUGGCGGCGGCGGCGGCAGCGACUCCCUGCGUCUGACCCCCGGCGAGCGCGAGGACGUGCGGGCAGAGAGGAUGAGGGUCGAGAUGCUGACGGAGGAAGAGGCGGCGGCCAAGCCGAUUGUGGUGCGGAACCUGCGGAAGGUGUACCCACCGCUUGAUGGUGGAAAGCCCAAGGUGGCGGUGCGCACAUUGACGAUGGCCAUCGAGCGGGGGGAGUGCUUUGGACUGUUGGGCCCGAACGGAGCAGGCAAGUCCACCUCCAUCAACAUGCUGACUGGCUUCCUGGAGCCCUCCAGUGGCUCAGCGCUCAUCGAGGGACUGGACAUCACCUCACAGAUGCCCAAGAUCUACAGUCUGAUGGGGGUGUGCCCGCAACACGACUUGCUGUGGGAGCAGCUGACAGCCGAAGAACACUUGCUGUUCUACGGCCGCCUCAAGGGCUUAAAGGGUGCGGAGCUGUCCAACGCCGUGACGGUGGCGCUCAAGUCGGUCAACUUGUUCAACGGCGGUGUGGGUCAGAAGCAGGCGAGGAAGUACAGCGGCGGCAUGAAGCGGCGGUUGAGCGUGGCCAUCAGCUUCAUUGGCAACCCGCAAGUCGUGUACCUGGAUGAGCCUUCCACCGGUCUGGACCCCGCUUCCCGCCGCAACCUGUGGGACGUAGUACGCGCCAACAAGGACGGCCGCGCCAUCAUCCUCACCACCCAUUCGAUGGAAGAAGCGGAAAUUCUGUGCGACCGGCUCGGCAUCUUCGUGGACGGCCAGCUGGUGUGCAUCGGCAAUCCUCGAGAGAUCACAUCGCGCUACGCGGGCUACCUGGUGUUCACCAUCACGGUGGGCCCUGGCCACGAGGACGCGGCCAAGGCCUUCGUGGCGCACAUGAGUCCCAACUCCCGGCUAACGUACGCGCUGGGAGGUACGUUCAAGUACGAGCUGCCCACCGCAGAUGUGAGUCUGUCCGCUGUUUUCGACGCCAUGGCGACGGCCAAGACGCAGAUGCAGGUUCUGGAUUGGGGCGUGGCCAAUGCGACGCUGGAGGAGGUGUUCAUCAAGUUUGCUCGGCAGAUUGGCGCGGAGACGAACGACCAGUAAUGUGAAGGGAGAGGGAGAGAUGUAGACAGGGUCUGCUUAGGAUGAGAGUGAGUUCACGUACAGCAGGCUGGGUUUGCGAAGAUCAGGUUGGACUUUUUGUUGAUUGAGAUGCAGGGGGAUGAGAGGAGUGUGUUCCGGAGGGGUGUUGCUUGGACAAUGUUUUUUCUGCGCCCUUCAGAUUUGAAACUGCAAUCUGUGCUUGGUGAUUGGGGAAAGGGAAGAGCUAGAGGCCCUGCAAGGAACAUUCAUUGUAUUCGUUGUUUUCGCGCCGCAUGCAUCGGCGCAUGAACCUGCCUGCGCUGCUGCGAGGCAGUGCUGCGGUGGUAUGGCGGUGUGACUACAUGGCUUUGGAGACAUGCAAGUACCGCAGGCAGAGAUAGGGGGAGGUAGGAACGCAGCCGUGGCGCGCUGGACACCAUAGGCAGGUUUCGCUCUGGCUUUUUCCCGUGCUAAACAGCUGCGUGGUAUGAGGCUCCCUAAACCAAGGCUGCUUAACAACUACUAAGUGAGAAGUUGUACAUUUUCCGUUGCGUGCCUCCAGCGCUCCCACCAUCCUGUGAUCUUGUAUGCAAAUGCAGCAUGCCAAAAGUACUUGCACCAGGCGGAUAUGUUGGCACUCUGCCGUCUGUCGGCCCUCACU